GGGCGGCUGUACAUCAGAAAUGUGGCGCACAGGCAUUGUACAGCAGGCAAGUCGCCAGGACUUGAGGCGCUUAUUGUGCCGCAACAAGAGCAAGAGCCCAGCUUCGGCGCCUCCAGCACUGCCUCAGUCGGCGGAUGUGGUGGUCAUUGGUGGCGGCUCGGCGGGCUGCCAUACGGCUUAUCAUCUGGCCAAGCGAGGUAUAAAGGCUGUGCUGCUGGAGCGUGCACAACUGACAGCGGGCACAACGUGGCACACGGCUGGUCUGCUCUGGCGCCUGCGGCCCAGCGAUGUGGACAUCCAGCUGCUGGCCAAUUCACGGAACAUGCUGCGGCAGCUGGAGGCAGAGACAGGACUUGAUCCUGGCUGGAUACAGAAUGGUGGAAUCUUCAUAGCGCACAAUGAGACGCGCUUGGAUGAAUACCGACGCUUGGCAACUGUUGGCGCAGCGCUGGGCAUUGAGAACGAGAUACUCACGCCAGAGGAGACACAGAAGCUGUUUCCACUGCUCGAUCCGAAGGCCUUCAUUGGCGCGCUCUACUCGCCCGGAGAUGGCGUCAUGGAUCCGGCUAUGCUCUGCACGGCCUUGAGGCGGGCGGCAACCAACAACGGCGCCCAGGUGAUCGAGAACUGUGAUGUGCAGGAGAUUCUUGUCGAACAGGGUGCACAUGGCAAAAAGGUGGUGGGCGUGGCAACGCCUUAUGGCAACAUACGCACCGAUACGGUGGUGAAUGCCACUGGCGUGUGGGGUCGCGAUCUGGUGGCUCGCCAUGGCACUCACCUGCCGCUGCUGCCCAUGAAGCAUGCGUACAUUGUCUCUGAGUCGAUCCCGGGCGUUCGCGGUCUGCCCAACAUACGAGAUCACGAUUAUUCCACUUACUUCCGCAUACAGGGCGAUGCCAUCUGCAUGGGCGGCUACGAGCCGAAUCCCAUUUUGCUGGAACCGGUGGCGAAAGACUUCCACUUUGGCCUGUACGAGCUGGACUGGUCAGUGUUCGAGACGCAUGUGGAGGGUGCACAGAAACUAUGCCCCGCCUAUGCCAAAUACGGCGUGAAGAGCACCGUUUGUGGCCCAGAGUCCUUUACGCCGGAUCACAAGCCGCUGAUGGGUCCGGAUCCAAAUGUGUCCGGCCUGAUGCACAAUUGCGGCUUCAACUCGGCUGGCAUGAUGUUCGGCGGCGGUUGUGGCGAGCAAACGGCGCUGUGGAUCAUCAACGGGCAGCCCGAUGUGCCCAUGUUCAGCUUUGAUCUGCGACGCUUCACGCCGGAUCAGGGUCGCGCCACCAAGUGGAUACAGGAGAAGUCGCACGAGAGCUACGUGAAGAACUAUAGCAUGGUUUUCAAGUACGAUCAGCCGCUCGCUGGCCGCGACUUCCAAAAGGAUCCACUGCAUGACGAGAUGCUGCAGUGCAACGCCUUCAUGGAGGAGAAACAGGGCUGGGAACGUCCUGGCUUUUUCCUGGGCUCCAGCGUAGAGUCUGCUGCAGUGUUGCCCUAUGACUGGUACGGCAGCUACGAUUAUCCCCGGCACAAAGACAGCAGCUACGAGCGGGUCCUGGAAGGCGAUCUGAAGUACAACAGCUUCUCCGAGCAUCACGACCUGAUUGGAGCUGAAGCACACGCCUGUCGCAACAAUGCGGUUGUCUUCAACAUGAGCUACUUCGCUAAGCUGCUGCUGCAAGGACCACAGGCUCAGAAGGCCGCAGACUGGCUUUUCGCUGCCAACACCAAUCGCGAUCCCACCAAAACUGUCUACACUUGCGCGCUCAACGAUGCUGGCGGCGUCGAGGCGGAUGUUACAAUCAGUCGUUUGGCAUCUGGAUCGGGUCAAGUGCACGACCCCAAGUUCGAGGGUCAGGGCUACUACAUUGUGGCCGGCGGAGCAUCUGCCUAUUACACCUACAGCACGCUGCGCAGCGAGAUACGACGCAAGGGUUUCGAUGCCAAGCUGACUGAUAUCACAGCUGAUCUGGGCGUCAUAUCCAUACAGGGCCCAAAGAGCAGGCAGAUUCUGCAGCCGCUGCUUGACUGCGAUCUCUCUGAUGAGCAUGUGGCGCCCAAUAGCACUCGCCUGGCCACACUCAACGGCAUUGGACUGCGCCUGCUGCGCGUCAGCUUUGUGGGUGAGCUGGGCUAUGAGCUCCAUGUGCCCAAGAAGGAUUGUGUGACGGUGUACAAAGCGCUAAUGUCGGCUGGCAAGUCGCAGGACUUACGCAACGCUGGCUAUCGGUCGCUGUAUUCCCUCAGCAGCGAGAAGGGCUAUCAUCUGUGGAGCUUCGAUCUGCGCUCCGACGAUACGCCCUUGGAGGCUGGCCUGGGCUUCACUUGCCGCAAGACGGGCGACUAUCGCGGCCGUGCCGCAGUGGAGCUCCAGCGCGCCGAGGGCGUUAAGAAGCGACUGGUUUACUUGACCCUGCAGCAGCAGGUGCCUAUUUGGGGUCUCGAGGGCGUCUAUCGCAAUGGUGAGCCUGUGGGCGUGCUGCGCCGAGCCGAGUAUGCAUACACGCUUGGCAAAUCUCUGGGCCAGGCUUAUAUAUCACGCGCAGAUGGACAAAAGGUAGAUGCGGAUUAUUUGAAAUCCGGUGACUAUGAAGUGGAUAUACUGGGCAAACGCUACAAGGCAGAUUGCCAUUUGCGCAGUCCAUUCGAUCCCACUGGGCAACGUGUACUGGGUAACUACGAGGCGAAAUAA